AGGGCAUAGCGGGAUUUCUUAUAAGCUUCCAGGUUAGAGUCCCGCUCCUUGAAAGCUGCAGCUCUAGCCUUUAGCUCAGUGCGGAUGUUGGCUAUAAUCCAUGGGCAUACUAAUGUAUAAGGGCAGGCGGAGCAGAUGACCUAAUUUCAUUCCGGUUUGCGUUGUGAAGCAUAAACUAAAUAAACAGAAAAUACGUCGACACACACCGGAAGCCAGGACUCCACAGAUCAUGAGGAUGUCUUAUUUAUCUGCCUGUGACCUACCGUUAUUGAUCACCAACCCCGAGAGUCAAAAUGUUAUUUAACACAACGUUUUCACCCAAACAUCUUACAAGGUAAGCUUUGAUUUGGUCUGUGUUUGAGCUAUAGAUACAUGGGGAGGUAUGAAAUGAAUCCUUAGGUUGGUAGGAACAAAUCUAGCCUAUUGCCAAUGUUAUCUGAUGAUGUAUGACUUAAUGGAAACAUUGAAUGUCCACAGAGUGACUAUAUCUUUGCACAUGAUGAUGAAAACACUUGGAUAUCCCCUGUAUGUCCCCAGACACCACCACAUUGUUUGAGAGAGCCUCCUACCUGCCCAAGUCCAGUUCCCAACAGUACCAGUUUGUGUAUGUGGAUGGGAAGGGGGAGGUGUGCUCUGCCAGCCCCCAGUUUACCUUCAGUGCCCCCAAGCCUCUGGAAGACCUGGUCACCCUGGAGGAAGGAGCCCACGGAGAGGAGGGAGGGACUGACAUGCUGCUGGUUGUACCCAGGGCUGAGCUACUGCAGAGUCGCCUGCAAGAGUGUCUGCGUGAGCGGGCCGAACUGAUCCAUGCGCGGGAGGGGGCAGAAAGGAUGAAGCAGAGAGAGAAGGAGAAGUACGGGAAGGCGAGAGAGGCUUGGGACAGAGGACGUGAGCAGCUGGAGAGGAACGUCUCUGAGCUGAAGGAAGAGCUGCGAGAGAGCAGAGACAGGAUGGAAGAGAUGGAGAGGAGGCAGGAGCAGGUGGAGGCGUCAGGGGAGGCCUUGGCUCAGGAGAAGAGUUCCAUACUGGCCAAGAAAGCAGCCAUCAAACAGCGAAUCAGAGAGCUGGAGGAUGACAUUAAAGCGCUAACACUGAAAGCUGUGGAACGAGAGACUGAGAUGGAGAGGAUGAAGGAGAGGGACAAAAAGCAAGCAGUUCAAAUGAUGGAAGAUGAGAAAGAGAGGAAAGUUCUGCAGCUCAAGCUGGAGCAGACCGAGGGGGAGCUGCGCAGCCUGUCUGCUGAGUUCCAGGGUCUGAGGAGCUCCCUGGCCCAGAGAGACACACAUGUCCUGCAGCUACGGGACACCAUCACCACCCUCACACACAGACUCAACAUGGCACAGAGGAAAGAGGCGGAGAGUGAGGCCUCCCUGGCUGAGAUGUGGGGCCUGCGGGAGCGUCAGGGGGUCAGCGAGCGUGGUGCUGAGGGCCUGAAGGAAGAGCUGUGUGCUCUGGUGGCUCAGAGGGACCAGGGCCAGACAGAGCUGCACCAGGCCAGGCUCCAGGCUGCACAGCUCACCCUGCAGCUAGCUGACGCCAGCCUGACUCUGAGGGAGGGCAGAGCACACUGGGCCCAGGAGAGACAGAGUCUGCAGUGCACCACUUCGAAGGACAGAGAGCGUCUGGAGAAGCUGAAUGGAGAGAUGCAGCGGAUUGAGGAGAAGCUUCAGGAGGAGAGGAUGGAGAGAGAGAAGGUGGAAGUGGAGCUGGGAAGAGAGAAGGACUGUAACCGGGUGCAGCUGGGUGAGACACGCAGGGAGCUCCAGGAGCUGAAGGCCAGUCUGAGGAUGGCCCAGAAGGAGAAGGAACAGCUGCUGCUGGACAAACAGGACCUGAUGGAGUACAUGCGUCAGGUGGAACAGAGGAUGGAGGCUGUGGCAGACGCCAAGUGGAGCACUGCAGUGUUCGCCCCCACCAGUCUCCCUGACAGUUCUCUGUCUGACUCUGAGGAUGAAAACCCCGAGGCCCUGCAGCCCCGCCGCCAGCCCCGCCGCCAGCCCCCCUGCCAGCCCCCCAGCCUGUCCUCUCACCCUCUGGCCCACUACAGCCUGUGUGACCCCCAGGCCCAGCCUGACUCCCUGCUCCCCUCCACCCCCCCUUCCUCCCCCAGGGAUAUGUCACGGCCCCUCUCCCGAGGGGGCGUAGUCAUCAGCCAGCCCGCCCCCCUUUCGUUGCCAAGCCAAUCAGGAGAUACCCUGACACACAGCUCUGAGUCGGAGGAGGAGGAGGGUGACACAGCCCUAUGCGGAGGACACAGCUCUGGAGACGAGACAGCUCUGCUGCUGCCUGAGACCACUGUCCUCAGUGACCUGGCUGAUACCUCUCAGUGGUAGAGUGGCGAUACAGGACCAGAUCUACACCAGCACUGGCUGUUUGGCCAUUACUUUAACUUGCCAUUCAGCACACAAGCACACACACUACAACUCACCUCUACUCUUCACAAACUAUGUUAAUAUGCAAUUUGCUUUUACAUUUUAUAUGAACUUUUUCUUUGACGUAUGACUUUAAGGCUGUUGUGUUGCCCCCAUUAUACUUAACAUGGCCUUACGAAUGACAUAAUACCUGUCGUAACAGCUCAAAUCGUAGUUUCGACCUGACAUAAGACUGUUAUAAAGCGUGAAACAUUUGACAUUUAAAAGGGUUAAUUAGAUGUUUAAUAGUAAUGUUUUAUAACAGGGUUAUUUCAGUUGCAGGAGGAGUUGAUGAGCUUUAUGAAUUGUGUUAUGUCACUUUAUGAGACAUCAUGUCAGGUCACUAAUUAACAUAAGUCAGUUAUUUAAGGCUCCCUCUCUGAUUUCAGUCGAGCCAGAAAGAAAUACUGUAUAAUUGUUUCAACGUUUCGUCUCCUAGAAAAGAACGAUGAAAAACAUGGCGUGUAUUUGUUCCAGUAGUAGCCUGGUUGAGUCAGUCUGGUUGAUGAGGACAUAUUGAUAGGUCUCUCCAUUUAAAACCUUUACCUCUUCAGAAUACUGUAAUAGUAGUUAUUGUAACACACUACAACUAUAUUAGAAGAAUCAUUGUAAAGUACUGACACAUAACAGGAUUUUCCUCAUAUUCAAACCUAAGAUUUUAUAUUAUAAGCACUUUCUGUUCUUCAUUAUUAUUUCAUUCUUGCUUUAUUAAUGCUGUUCUAGUGCUUGCUGAGAGGAUAAUUACAGACAGAGAAGCAUCUGAAAUGGGAAAAACGAUUGGUGGAAGUUUGGAAAUAGAGAGAUUAAUCAAGAUGAAUGUUGAAUGGUAGAGCAGAAUGGUAGUUGUUAGAGUGGUCGGAGUGACAUUUUAAUGUUCUCUCAUGUUUUUAUUAAUCUCAUAAUAUAUUCUAUCCUCAUCUACAUAAAGCUAUUGCUCCUGCAGGCUGGUAGCUGUAGAGUCCCUGCAAUAAGAGCAUACAUCAUACCACAUUUUAACCUUAAAUCAGUGUUUGGUUUUAAAGCUAAAUCAAUGUAUUUGUUAUAGAAGAAGUUGUUUUAGAUGUUCAGUUUUAUUAGACUAGACGUACUGUACAUGGUAUGCACAAAGCUCUGCUUUAGAGUGAUGCAGUUCUACAUUUGUGCCUAAAUAACAAAUUGGGAAAUGAAUAGUCUCUUCUUCAGCCAAGCAUCAUCAGUCUGGCAAACAAGACUAGUAAACUAAGGAAUCUCAUGAUAACAUCAUGUAAUUUAUAGAUACAGAUGUUACAAGACUUUAUGGAAGGUUUGCCUGGAAAAGAUUAUUAGUACUGGUUUAAUAAUACUAUAUUUUUCAUGAUUUUCUACCAAUACUCAACUUUAGUUAUAUCGUAAUGAAGCUAUAUUCUGGUUUAGUUUAAGCUAAUGACGUUUGAUAAGAAGAGAAUACUAAAGCUAGGCUAUCUGCGAUUGUUGUUGUUUCAACUGCAGAUUUCCCCGUCUAAGUUUCCUAGUGAAGAAAGAACAAGGUCAUAGGGACACUUUUUGCUUGGUAGAUUUGUAAUUUGCUAUAUUUGCAUCUGUUUGUUUUUUUUUGCAAUAAGAGAUGUUUUGGGGACUACUUUUUUUUUUAACACUUGGAUACUCCUUAUUAAUCCAGUCUAUGUUAUCAUAAUCAUUACCAUAGUGUUUUGUUUACUCUUUUAUUUUUCUUUCUCUGAUUUUCUUUCUAAAGGUAAAUGUAACCUCUCACAACUAUAUGGUAAGGUGUGAAAUGUUAGUCCAAAGGGUAGAGAUAUUGGUUCUACUGUAUAGGACAUCACUGUGUUCCUUCACACAGAGGUGCAGCUGUAGUGAAAGUGUGACAUCUGUAACAAAUACAAUGCCUUCAGAAAGUAUUCAUACCCCUUGACUUAUUCCACAUUUUGUUGUGUUACAGCCCAAAUUCAACAUGGAUUAAAUAUAUGUUUUCUCUCAACCAUCUACACACAAUAUGCCGUAAUGAAAAAGUGAAAACAUGCUUUUAUUUGCACAUUUAUGAAAAAUGAAAUACAGAAAUGCACUGUAAUUCAACUGUGAUGGACAUCCGUGAUCAUUGAAGGCUGUGCUUCAGUGGGUUUUGGAGUUCCCGUCUUCGUCUCUACACCCUUUCAGCUCUAACUAUAGUGUAAUCUAGUACUUACACCUCUAUUUGCUACUGUGGGUGGGUGAAUUUGACAUCCUGGUAUGUGCACCAAAAGUUGCGUAGCACUGAGAUCUAUCCUUUUUGUUGACGUCAUUUUAGAUUUCUGUGGGAGUUCUAUUCUAUGUCUACAGUGAGCUGUAACUUCCUUCCAGGAUACCUACCUACUCUCAUUGCAAUACGGCUCCAGUGGUUCGCUGGUGUGUAUGAUGUUUUGUUUGUUGAGGUCAUCUUACUUAUUUAAAAAAUGUAUAUUCUUUGGUAUUUAUAUAUAGGGUCAUUAAGCGUGUGGAUUGGUUUCUGUAAUAAUAAUUUUUAAAAACGGAUCUGUGUCAA